GACACCCGAUCCCUCCACACUCUACAUUUCGAGUUGAAUUAGUGUAGUAAUAACGGCAAUCAUGCUUCGAGGUGCACUUGCCACACCGACUCAUGGCACAUUCACCUUUUUCUCAUGUGCGGCCCCAUUGGCCCGCCCUGCGGUGCUAGCGCCAGGGGCUCGCCAGAGGUCGAGCAGCCCUCGCCGCCGUUCUAUCACGAAAGUUGGCAGCACCACCACCACCACCUUGUAUGAAUCCAAUGGGGCAGCCCUGCAGACGACGGUCCGCCCGUCUUUUUACGAUUUGGACCAGAAGACCGUUGAGAUGGAGGCCACGGUGACGGUGCACAUGAAAAGUUUCUUCUCGGAUAUGUUGGACAGGUCUCUCGAUGAGUUCUUUGAUAUUUUUGGCAAAAGUUGGCUACACCUCGAGCUGAUCAGCUCGGAGUUGGACCAAGAUGGGCGGGAGCACAAGCCAAUCCCGGUUGGUUUCAAGAACCCGAAAAAACAUGACGCUGAGUUUGGCAUCUAUGAGGCCACCUUCGACGUGCCAGCAUCGUUCGGCCCCAUCGGUGCCGUCCACGUCACCAACAGCCACCACAGCGAGAUGCUGCUUGGGGACAUCAAGGUCUUCCCGGCAGGUCAGGAGUCAUCCGCCGUCACAUUCCACUGCAGCUCCUGGAUCCAUCCCUCAGAUAGCAGCACCGACAAGCGUAUUUUCUUCCCCCUCAAGUACUCUUGCCUUCCAUCACAAACACCCAAGGGUGUGGAGAAGUUGCGGAAGAGCGAGCUAGAGGCCAUCCGCGGCAGCGGCCACGGGGAGCGCACGGCCCACGAGCGCAUCUACGACUAUGACGUGUACAAUGACCUCGGAGACCCCGACCAUGACAUCGACACCAAGCGGCCUGUGCUUGGCGGUAAGGAUCACCCCUACCCACGGCGCGGCCGCACAGGCCGCCCUCGUAGCAAGGCAGACCCGUUAUCAGAGACGAGGACCGACAAGGACCACAUCUAUGUGCCCCGGGACGAGGCAUUCUCGGAGCGCAAGCAAGCAGCGUUCAACACCAAGCUCAACUUUUCCAAGUUGCACGCAGUCUACACAUAUAUGAAGACGUCCAAGCACAAGGGCCAGAGCUUCCCCUCCUUGGCGGCCAUCGACGCCAUGUACGAGGACGGAUCCAAGAACCAGCCGCAGCAGAAACUAGAUGGAUGGUGUGCCACCUUGGAUUUGCUCGAGAAGGAGUUGUCCCACCUCGUUCAUCUCGAAGGGGCGAUGUUCCUGGAGGAGAUACGCAAAGUCAUCAAGUUUGAAACGCCGGAAAUUCACGACAGGGACAAGUUUGCUUGGUUUAGAGACGAGGAAUUCGCGCGAGAAACCCUUGCAGGGAUAAACCCACUCAGCAUCCAACUAGUCACGGAGCUCCCUAUUGUCAGCAAGCUGGACGAGGUAAUCUACGGCCCGGCGGACUCCCUCAUCACAAAAGAGCUGAUUGACGAACAGAUAGACCGUGGCAUGACGGCCGAUGAGGCCGUGAAGAAGAAGAAGUUGUUCAUGCUGGACUACCAUGACAUGUUCCUGCCGUACGUACACAAGGUGCGCGAGAUUGACGACACGACGUUGUACGGGUCGCGCACGCUCUUCUUCCUGACCGAGGACGGCACGCUCCGGCCGAUCGCCAUCGAGCUGACCAGGCCCAUGUCCCCGUCCAAGCCUCAGUGGCGCGAGGUCUACACGCCGGGGUGUGACGGCAGCGUCACUGGAUCCUGGCUGUGGCAGCUCGCCAAGACGCAUGUCCUGGCUCAUGAUAGCGGCUACCACCAGCUCGUUAGCCACUGGCUGAGGACACACUGCUGUGUUGAGCCGUACAUCAUCGCGGCGAACCGCCAGCUGAGCCAGAUGCACCCCAUCUACCGGCUACUGCACCCGCACUUCCGGUACACCAUGGAACUAAAUGCCAUCGGACGCGUGAUGCUCAUCAGCGGGGAUGGAGCCAUCGAGAGUGUCUUCUCGCCGAGGAAGUACUGCAUGGAGCUCAGCUCACUGGUUUACGACAAGUUCUGGCGGUUCGACAUGGAGGGUCUGCCAGAGGAUCUCAUCCGGAGGGGCAUGGCAGUCAAAGGGGGAGAUGGCAAGCUAGAACUGGUCAUAGAGGACUAUCCGUAUGCCAACGACGGCCUAUUGAUCUGGGAUGCCAUAAAGCAGUGGGCAUCGGAAUAUGUGGAACAUUACUACCCAUGCACGGCAGACAUCAUCGGUGACGAGGAGCUGCAGGGUUGGUGGACAGAGGUUCGCACAAAGGGUCACGAGGACAAGAAGGAUGAACCGUGGUGGCCUAAGAUUGACAACCACGAGAGCCUGGUCCAGGUGUUGGCCACCAUUAUGUGGGUCACCUCAGCACACCAUGCCGCCGUGAACUUUGGCCAAUACCCCUAUGCUGGAUACUUCCCGAACCGCCCGACCAUAGCCCGGAGGAACAUGCCGUCCGAGAUGGGUGUUGAGGGCAUGAACACUUUCGAGGAGGCGCCGGAGAAGGUGCUGUUGGACACGUUUCCGUCCAUCUACCAGAGCUACUCUGCCUUGGCCAUAAUGGACCUCCUGUCGUCUCACUCGCCGGACGAGGAGUACAUGGGCACAUAUCAAGAUCCGGCAUGGAAAGAUAAUGUGAAGAUAAGCAAGGCAUUUGCCAAGUUCAAAGGGAGGUUGAUUGAGAUCGUGGCGCAGAUCAAUGAGUGGAACACGGACCGCAAGCGGAAAAACAGGCACGGUGCUGGAGUGGUGCCGUAUGUGCUGCUGAAGCCGUCGGACGGCAAUCCCAUGGACGAAAAGAUGGUAAUGGAGAUGGGCAUUCCCAACAGCAUCUCCAUUUGAUAGAGAUGCAUGCGGCCAUAUGAUCAUUUUUAUGCUUGCUUGUUCAGCGCCUACUUUAGUUGUGCAAAACCCGACGACUUCUGACCCUAAGUAAUGUUCUUGUUUGUCAGUUUUCACUUAAUUUUUCACUUUGUGUGCAAGAAUGUGUAAUUAAUAGUCACUUUGUGUGCAACAAUGUGUAAUUAAUAGUCUCUUACAAAUGUGUAAUAUAUCUUUGGCCUAAGAUUUUCAUGUGCUUGAAUUGGUAAUA